AUGUGGUCAACCUCUUACUCUCUGGGUAGUAAACUAGGGCGGCCACGAAGCUUGCACCCUCACGACGAACUGUUCCUAAUAUUGGUUCGCCUUCGGCUAGGCCUCCUCGAGAAGGACUUGGCGUUCAGAUUUGGGAUUUCGACCUCUACAGUGUCACGACUCUGCAUCACAUGGAUUAGCUAUCUCUAUCAGCACCUGUCACGACUUCCCCUGUGGGCGACACGGCAGCAAGUGGACGAGGAUAUGCCACCUGCUUUUACAGAGCAGUACCGAACAACAAGGGUGAUCCUCGAUGCAACAGAGGUCAAGUGUCAAGUUCCGACCAGCCUCGUACUUCAGUCUGCAAGUUUUUCGACAUACAAGUCGUCAAACACCUUUAAGGGACUUGUCGGGAUAUCCCCAGAUGGAACUGUGACAUUCGUGUCGCAGCUCUUUCUGGGGUCAAUGUCAGACAAAGAAUGCGUACGACAGAGCGGAUUCCUGGCACUCCCCUUCGAUGAGAAUGACUCGGUAAUGGCUGAUAAAGGAUUUCUGAUUUCUGAGCUCCUGGGGGACAUCAAUGUAAGGCUCAAUAUCCCCCCGUUCCUUGGCCAGGGGACAUUCACAGAGAGCCAAGUUAAGGAAACUGAGAAGAUUGCAUCACUGCGUAUACACGUUGAAAGGAGAAUACAGCGAAUCAAGAGCUUCCAUAUUUUUGAUCGAGCCAUCCCUCUCUCACUCGGCCCAGUAGCAAGUGAGAUAUGGACCAUCUGUACAAUUCUGACGAACCUUCAGAGCCCCCUGUUACGCCAGCAUGAAGAUGGAAGCAGGGACGCAGAUUAGCUGCGUGUCUUUUGCG